AUGGCCUCGUCUCCCGAGGAGCUGGGCGAGCGCCGGAAGAUACAACGCGUGAGGAUUCGGUCGCCAACUGUUCUCAACCUCCUUGCAGAUUUAUCAUCCUGGGAUGAGAGCGAUUUGCUAGAGGCGACCAACGAUGCGAUCGUCUUCGGCCGCCCUUUCCGCACUCUUGAGUAUUGCCACGCUGGCAUGAAGAAGAAGCUUGCUGAGAUGAGGGCCGCCGAACUCUGGGUCGACAAUGGGCCAUCUGAGGGCGCGGAGGGAGAGCAAGCAGUCGAUACCUCUGCUCCUUCUCGCCCAACGCCUCUCGAGGAGAUGGAGGUGUAUGUUGACUUUGUCGAGAACAUGAUCCUGCCUCUUUAG